AUGUUUUGGAGUAGCGAUGAUCAAAAAGCCGGCAGCUACACAGCCAACAAUAACAUAUAUCCAUACGACGAAGAAAUAGAAGCAUUCUUCAUUCGCAACGGCUUUGACGGAGCAACUAGAGACGCAUGUGAUGAGUAUGCUCGCGUACGGUUUCCCGACUCGGCAGCAAAACCCGCGGCGACGCAGGGCUACUGUUCUUAUACGCUGAAUAUAUCAGAUGAAUACUUGCUGCAAUUUCGACCGGAAGCGUUCAUGUUGGAUAUAGACACCUGCAGGCAAGUCAAGUCUAUCUACGGCGAGUUUGCUCCGGCGACUACAUAUCUCGGCGAAGUAGAAGGAAUAUCAUUACAACGAGUACUAUGUGCGAAUGCCAGGCCGUCGGCGAUGAUGCAUGUCUACCUACAUCAACGAAUACGAGGAGUUCCUUUAUCGGAAUUUCGAAAAAGGAAGGAGGGAUGUCGGGCUAAUGACGACAAGAUGUUCAAGAGGAGAUUGAUGAGCGGCCUGGCCAAAAUAUUUGCGCUCGGCUUUCGCGGACGGCAGCCCUCACGGGGAAUGCAAGGGACGCUACCAGCCGGCUCCAUGAUUAAGGGGAGAGUCGGGAAAUCGAUGCGCUGGCGUCUUAAUCUGCUAAACGGAUUGCCAGAAAAAGACUUGCUCGCGCACGUAUCAGAGGCCCAGGCCCAGCUCGACUGGGUCGAGGCAUCAAGCUGGGGCCUGACACACGGCGAUCUCCUCCCGGGAAACAUGAUGGUCGAUGCCGAGACCGGUCAUUUAACGGGACUUAUUGAUUGGGCUGAAGCUGAGUGGCUUCCGUUUGGGAUGGCCCUGUACGGGGUGGAGGAAGUUCUCGGAGAGGACAGGCCUUGUUCUGAAGGGGGGUUCAGAUACUUUGACGACCAUGAGGAGCUGCGUCGGGUCUUUUGGGAUGAGUUUUUGUCCUUUAUUGGGCGAGAUGGAAUCAUGGACCAUCAUAGACUUGGGUUGCUGAGAGAAGCCGGAGCAGCGCGGAAGCUGGGAAUUCUACUUUGGAGGGGCAUUGCCUUUGACGAUGGGAAGAUGGACCGCGUGGUGGAGGUUGGGAGAGACGAUUCGGAGAUUCAGAAGCUGCGGCUGUUUCUGGAGGCACAUGGUGUCUUGGCUUGUUUGAAAAAGAGAAUCAUCUGGAGCGAUGCGUUGGUCAUGUUGUGGUUGUGCAUCAAGGGAGUAUUAAGCUGUUUUGGUGGUGAGAGCGACAAAGCACAAGAUAUGGGGACUAUCGAGAGCAGGAAGUGAUUUUCUACCCCUUUUAUA